AAAUUUGUCACACAAAGCAUGGACCAUCACUCCAAGAAUCACUCGCUCUCACAGCUUCCAACACCUUAGAUUUGCUAACAAUGGCGGAUGAAGUGAUUCUGUUGGAUUUCUGGCCAAGCCCUUUUGGGAUGAGGGCGAGAAUUGCUUUGGCCGAGAAAGGGAUCAAAUAUGAGUAUAGGGAUGAGGACCUAGAAAACAAGAGUCGUUUCCUUCUGCAGGUGAAUCCUGUUCACAAGAAGAUCCCUGUUUUGAUUGACAAUGGGAAGCCCAUCUGCGAAUCCCUCAUUAUUGUUCAGUACAUCGAUGAGGUCUGGAAGGAUAAAUGCCUAUUAAUGCCCUCCGAUCCAUACAAGCGUGCCCAAGCCAGGUUCUGGGCUGAUUUUGUCGACAAUAAGCUUUAUCAUUGUGGAAGGAGGGUUUGGUUUUCCAAAGCAGAAGACAAAGAGGAAGCAUGUAAAGAGUUAAUAGAGUGCUUAAAGCUGUUGGAAGGGGAGCUUGGAAACAAGCCUUACUUUGGGGGCGAGACUCUGGGCUUCAUAGACGUGGCCCUUGUCCCCUUCAACAGCUGGUUCUGCUCCUAUGAGACAUGUGAGAACUUCAGUAUUGAACCUCACUGCCCAAAGAUUGUGGCUUGGGCGAAGCGGUGCAUGGAGAAGGAGAGUGUGUCCAAGUCUUUCCCUGACCACCAAAUGGUCUGUGACCUUGCUUUGCAAUGGAAGAAGAAGCUCGGAUUUGAGUAAACAUGUGAUGAGCAUCACUCAGUCCGGCCUUGUAAGGAAGUCAAACAAAGCAUUGAUGAGCAUUAGGAGAAUUGUUGAGCAAUCUAUAUUGUUAUGAUCUACUAGUUUAAUUGGUUGUUGAAAGAUUCUAGCUAGUGAUGAUUUUUCUAUAAAUCUUUAUGUAACAAUAAAUUAAAAAUUAAUAGAAUCUUGAAUAACCAAGAUCA